GGGGCCGGGCGGGGGUGAGGGUUCGCGGGGUGAGGGACGCUCCGUCCCCUUCUUCCUGCUCCCCGGCCACACGCGGCGUCCCGAGGCGCCGCGGGAAUAAAACGGCGGCACUCGGCCACGGCUGCCCGUGCYGCAGGCAGGGCUCUCCUCACCCCGGGAGGUGGCGGCAGGACAAGACAUUAAUCUAGAUGCAGUGAAUUGGAAGAAAUGGAAGAAAGRAAGAUCAAGAGAAGGAGCCCCAAGUCAUCGACUAGUCACCCUGCUCAGGUUGCWAACUCCAAGAAAAGCUCAGUGCCAGUCAGUAAAAGUACAGCCUUUUCCAACCCUGCCCCACAGCCUGCCGUACAAAAACCAAAGUUAAAGCGUGUAAUCAAAGAGAAAGCCAAACCUCCAGGAGGUGAAGCAAAAGGGGCACAGGCAGCACCAAUCCAGCAUUCUUUUCUCACAGAUGUAUCAGAUGUCCAGGAAAUGGAAAGGGGACUUCUGAGUCUCUUGAAUGACUUUCACUCUGGCAAACUUCAGGCAUUUGGAAACGAAUGUUCCAUAGAGCAGAUGGAGCAUGUGCGGAGUAUGCAGGAGAAACUUGCUCGCCUCAACCUGGAGCUCUAUGGGGAGAUGGAAGAACUCCCUGAAGAUAAAAGAAAACUAGCCAGUGAUUCCAACCUGGAUAGGCUGYUAUCAGAUCUAGAAGAACUGAAUUCGUCAAUCCAAAAACUACAUUUAGCAGAUGCUCAAGAUAUUCCAAAUGGUACCACAGGCUGAGAAAGAACAUCUUUGUCAGUUUGGAUUCUCCCAGCUUUGCAUUUGUUUCUCCUGACAAUGGAAUCAGGAACAGUUGUGACUUUGUGUUGUUUGCUUUUUUCAAUUUUACAACAAAGAAUCAAAGUGCAAAUCCAGGUGUUUAUUUUGCACAUUCCUCUGAGCACUGCAUUAUGUCAGGGCUCAGUAUCUUGAGUUGUAGUUAAUUGUGAUGCUGUGCUUUUUAUUAUUGCCUUACUUAACAGAAAAACUGGAGAAACUUGGAAGUAUAUUUCUUCUGCUUAGUGUUCAUAUGAUUGAAAAUGGUACAUGUUCUUUGGCAUUUCUCCAGUUUUUAUGAAGGUAGUGAUAAUGUUGCCUUYCUGAUCAUUAGACAAUCUGCACACUCUGUCUUUAGUGCUUUGGUAAUGCCACAGAUUAACUUAUUGUUAAUAAAGUGAAAUGUUUUAAAUAUAUGAUGUUUCAUUUACAGAAGCUGUUAUUUGGUUUGGCUCUGUUAAGAAGAUGAGUUUUAGCACUGUUGGAAUGUUUACAGUUUACUUUUUUCCAUUACUGUGAAUAAUUAUAAAAUGUCACCAAAUUAAAACUAGCAUGCAUGCUAGCAGUCCACAUAAAUUAAGUAYUCUGAAAUUCCAAAAUUGGGAAAAUAGUUACUGUUCAAUAAAUCCAGGACAUUCAAUUUUGUAGUUACUCCUUUGUUGUAAAUAGUCUGUUAUUGAAGGGUAUCAUAUUGCUGUUCACAGUUCAAGAAAAAAAAUCUGUAUACAUGUAGUAUCAGGCUGGUUU